UGCCGGCUGCUGCUCGCAGGCAUUUCACGCAUCGGGGGAGCCCAGCCCUCCCUGCUGCCCGUGCUCCUACAGUCCUGGCAGUGAAGCUCAUCCUCAACAGCCUCUGGCCACAGGCAGUAAUCCAUAACACCAUGGAGAGCUGGAACACUCUCCUUCUAACUGCUGCUCUUUGCUUUCUCUGUCAAGGCUGCGACGGCUCCGAGGCCGAGCACCGUCUCUACACGGCCCUCUUCGAGAGCUACAACCAGUUCGUACGCCCCGUCAAGAACGUCUCGGACCCCGUCAUCAUCCAGUUCGAGGUGUCCAUGUCGCAGCUGGUGAAGGUGGACGAAGUCAACCAGAUCAUGGAAACCAACUUGUGGCUGAAGCACAUCUGGAAUGAUUACAAGCUUCGGUGGAAUCCAGCAGACUAUGGAGGUGCUGAAUUCAUCCGAGUUCCAUCUGGCCAGAUCUGGAAGCCAGAUAUUGUUUUAUAUAACAAUGCAGUUGGGGAUUUCCAGGUUGAUGACAAGACAAAGGCCCUGUUAAAAUACACGGGUGAUGUGACCUGGAUACCUCCAGCUAUAUUCAAAAGUUCAUGUAAAAUAGAUGUAACCUACUUCCCAUUUGAUUAUCAGAACUGCACCAUGAAGUUUGGUUCCUGGUCUUACGACAAAGCCAAAAUUGACUUAGUUCUAAUUGGCUCUACAAUGAACCUGAAAGAUUACUGGGAGAGCGGAGAAUGGGCUAUAAUUAAAGCUCCUGGGUAUAAACAUGACAUCAAAUACAACUGUUGCGAAGAGAUAUACCCAGACAUCACAUAUUCUCUUUACAUCAGGCGUUUACCUUUAUUUUACACUAUCAAUAUGAUUAUUCCCUGUCUGCUGAUUUCUUUUCUGACUGUAUUAGUUUUCUAUUUGCCCUCAGACUGUGGUGAGAAGGUGACACUCUGCAUAUCAGUGCUUCUCUCUUUAACAGUGUUCCUUCUUGUUAUCACAGAAACCAUACCUUCUACUUCCCUGGUAAUUCCCCUUAUUGGGGAAUACCUCCUUUUCACCAUGAUAUUUGUAACUCUCUCCAUUGUCAUUACAGUAUUUGUACUAAAUGUGCACUACAGAACACCCAAGACACACACAAUGCCCGUGUGGGUGAGAACCAUUUUCUUAAACUUACUUCCCCGGAUCAUGUUCAUGACAAGGCCUGCCAGUGAUGAAGAGAAUAAUCAGAAGCCAAAACCAUUAUUCACUUCUGAGUUUUCAAACUUAAAUUGCAUCAAUGGCUCUGAAACCAAAUGCUGCAAAGAUGGCUUUGCUUGUCAAGAUAUGGCAUGCAGCUGCUGUCAGUAUCAGUGCACGAAGUUCUCGGAUUUCAGUGGCAAUCUCACUAGAAGUUCAAGCUCUGAGUCUGUAGAUCCUAUGCUUUCAUUUUCAGUUCUCUCACCAGAAAUGAGAGAUGCUAUUGAAAGUGUGAAAUACAUUGCAGAAAAUAUGAAAAUGCAGAAUGAAGCAAAAGAGAUUCAGGAUGAUUGGAAAUAUGUUGCCAUGGUAAUUGAUCGUAUUUUUCUAUGGGUUUUCAUCCUGGUAUGUAUUCUAGGAACAGCAGGAUUGUUUUUACAACCUCUGAUGGCUGGAGAUGAAAUGUAAAAAUUAAACACGUUGUGAAAUCAAAUAAAACUGCCAACCAACUCUGCAUUCCUCUCCCAGCACCUCACAUCUCUUCCAUGCAGUAGAACAAGGAUCCCUCUUGGCUUCAACUUCACUUUAUGAAGGCAUAUUUGUUCAAAAUGCAGAAAAAGGAAUUAUUUGGAAACUUUAUGACCGCUGAUCUCAAAGUAAUACAAGCUAUGCUUUACAGCUACUUCCCACAAUAGAAGAUGGAGGCAGCAUGUUAAACUUUAUAGGAAUGGUUUAAGAAGGGGUUAAUAAAGAAAUGGAAAAUUAGAUGAGUAUUUGGAAAGUCAAGAUGAGUUGAAUGCUUUGGGCUGUUAGGUUUGUUUGUAGUCUGGUCCCAAGCUUCUUCAGAGCAUGCCAGGAUCUUCUGGAAGGAGUUCACAGUGAGUUCCAUGAACACCCUCCCAAGGACAGAAGGGUGGGAAGCACCAAUUCCAAAUGGCUGGAGUGCAGACAUUGCCACCUGCUGUACAAACUGACCCACACAGUGGCAAGAAAGGACUCAGGAGGGGUUUAGUACAAAAGGAGAACAAAUAGGUAAAUAAUAGAUGAUGGUAAUAAAGCAACCAUAAAGUAAACUCUGUGUUUCCCCAGACUGCAAUGUAUGUGAAGGCUGUCAGGAAAAAAAGUGCUCAAACCUAAUGAUGUUUAGAAUUGUGUACAAAUAAAACACACAAUAAGACAGUCUGCAAGUGAUGUAAAGGAUCAAAACACUUGGACAGGAUAGUUUGGAUACAGAGGCAUCCUGCUGUAGUGAAGUGUUUUAUGCCAAGGUAAGGCAGGUAGACAAAAAUAGUCCUGUAAAAUGUGCUAAAAUUGUUGCUUAGGCAUAUAUAUCUUCUCUUUUUUUUUUUUAAUCAGUAACUGCAGAUUAUUUAAGAGUAUGAAUAAAGAAUGUAACAAAAC